AAUCUCUUCACGUUAUCCUGUCGACAGCACAACAGUAAGGGGUGCCGCCUCUGCUGGAUCUUCCUCCACGACGGUGUGCUCUCCUCUUGUCAAGAUCCUUAGAUGGGAGCUCAACACAGCGCGAGGCCGCACAGCCUAGCUGUUGCAGAUGCCGGCGCCGGCAGAGGAGAUGGCCACACACACCUCCCGUGUUUGGCGGAGCUGAUGUCUUACGAGGAGGCCUGCCGCCUCGAUCCCGAGCUCGAGACCUUCGAAUCCAUGCUCCAGCAGCGCACCGAUCGCACCAUCUCCACCCUCACCGACGAUGUCCAGGUCCAUUCCCUCUCCCUCAAUUCCCUCAGGGAGAUCACCGGCUACCUCCUCGAGAUGAACCAGGAGGUGGUCAAGGUCAUCCUCGACUGCAAAAGUGCGAUGUGUGGAAGAACACCGAGCUCUUCGACCUCGUCGAGGAUUACUUCCAGAACAGCCUCCAAACUCUCGACUUCUGCACUACCUUUGAAAAGUGCCUCACUAAAGCUCGUAACAACUAGUUCAUCCUCCAAGUCGCACUGCAGUGCUUCGUCGAGGAGGAGGAGGACCACAAAGGUGACAAUACGAGGUACUCUUACAGAGCUAAGGCGCUUCAAGGCGGGCGGCGAUCCCUUCACGGAAGAGUUCUUCAAGGCUUUUCGGUCCAUCCACCACCACCAGCUCCAGAUGCUCGACAAAAUGAAGAUGAGAAAGAACAAGCUACACAAGAAGCUCAAAUCCAUCAAGGCCCUGGAGGAAAGUCUCGAGCAUCAUCUUUGCGGCCACAUUGACCACCUUCUUAAUUUGCUCGAUAGUUGCCGCUACCAUAGCUACCCCACCUAUUGCUACAUAUUUCAAACUUAAGUUUCCAUGUUUGAUUUUACUUUUUUGGAUACCAUAUCCAUCUUUCCUAGGAUUAGAGGUUUUGAUGGUUGUUUUA